UUAAACUUCUUCUCUGCACUCAGUGUUCCCCAGUAGUUUGAUUUAAAAAUACACCCCGCAGCCUCCUGCCCUACCAGAGCGCCCGGAACGCGAGUCCAACAAUGAACCCUCAAGGUGGUAAAGCCUUCGGAAUUCUGAAAGCACAACAGGAUGACCGUCUGGAAUCAAUCAAUAAGGAGUUCCUGAAUAAUCCAAAGUACAACACUGAUAAAGACCUGGACGAGAAGCUCACAGCUUUCAAACAGAAAUACAUGGAGUUUGACCUCAAUGACCAGGGAGACAUUGAUAUCAUGGGACUGAAGAGAAUGCUGGAGAAACUUGGUGCAGCCAAGACCCACCUGGAGCUGAAGAAAAUGAUCAAGGAGGUGGUGGGAGACAUGGGUGAGACCAUCUCUUAUUCGGCCUUCGUGAAGAUGAUGCUGGGAAAGCGGUCAGCCAUCGCGAAAAUAAUCUUGUUGUAUGAAGACAAAGCAAAAGAACCUGAGAAACCCACUGGGCAUCCAACAAAGAAAACCUUCAGCGACCUCCCAUAAUCCUCUUCUUUGCCAAUGUUAAUGCGCGAUGAUCAUCUGACACCUCCCACCCCAUAUGCCCUCUAUUGUCAAGAUUGUUUCAUUCUACCUUUGCACCACCAGUGCCCACUUCCGUUCAUCUGCUGCUGAAGUCCUCAUCCAUGUUUUCUGUACCUUCAGGGUUGACUACUCCAUGGCUGACGUGCCAUAGUCAAAACUCUGUAAGGUCGAACCCAUCUAAAACUCUGCUGUACUGUUCCUAUCUUGUACAAUGUCAUGUUCACCCAUCACCAUACUGUGUUCACUGAGUCCCACUAGCUUUUGGCAUGGUAGUGACUGGAUUCUUAAGCUUCUCAUUCUUGUUUUAAAUCCAUCUGAGGUUUUGCCUCUGUCUAUAUCUCUAUCAUGUGUUCCAGCCAUUGAGCCCUGCACCUGGCUAAUUCUGACCUCUUGUAUACUCCCAAUUUUCUGUGCCCAACAUUGGUGGCUGUGUCUUCAGCCGCCAGGGCCUUUACGCUGUAUAUGUACAAAGGAAACUGUCCACCUGAAGCAGGUAACAGUGUGUACCCUAGAGCCUCAGCCUAAUCAGAGUGCAAUCAGCCAUUGUGAUGACCGUGAAACAAAAGUGUUCACGAUACUUUUCCUGAUAAUUAACAAUGGAGUUGGAACUGAGGUAAGGAAAACGUUUUCACACCAUAGUGUUCAGAUGUGAGAUAUACAUUCCCAGACAGUGUAGUAGAAACAGAAUCGAUAGUAAUUCUAUAAAGGAAAUUGGGUAAAUAGCUUGGCAAGGAAAAGAUUGGCAGCACUAUGGGCAAAUUACAGUGUAAGUUUUUAAAGGGUCUUUCGAUAAUUCAGAUCAAUUCAAUUUGCUUGAGUUCACUUAAUUUAAAAAUCUUGAGUUAAUCUUUUCAAACUGCAGUGCUCAAGUUCAACAGAGAUAUACCAUCAGUAAAGGUUAGGAUAUUGAGUUAAUGCAAAAUAUCAAAUUUUAUUCAGUAAAAUUGAGUAAAAGAUGUGAUCAUAUAACAACAGAAGAUACUUAGGUCAUCAGCAAACGACACAAAGUUACAUCCAUCAAAAUGCAAGAUGGAGAUCAAUACUAGACUCAAAUCCCACCUCACAGACAGAAAACCUCUCCUGCCCUUGAGGUAAAAUGUCUUCAAGUAGGCAGAAAGUUCCUGAUUAACUAUUCCCAAAAACUGCCCUAACUUCGGUUGAUCCAAAUCACAGUUCGAGCCAAGAAUAAUCUAACUGUCCUCAGGUUAUACGGAGAGCUCAGAAAUAAGGUGCUUGGAAUCCUCCUUUUAUACAUAUUUAAGGAUUAACUUCCCUUCAAGAAAGGAAUUGAAUUUGUGAAUAAAGUGGUGAAGAUCCAUUCGAUUGGAUCUUGUUGUCUCAAUCAUCUUAAACAUGAGGAACUUUGAUUUGUACGUGUCCCAAAAUUCUGAUCCCAAGAAUCAAAAUGUAUCAGUAUGAAAUGGCAUGUUGGAAAAAGUCUCUGAAAUGUCCAAAUUAAGGCAACAAAAUCUUAAAACUAACAUUGUAAACCCUGGUCUGCUUAUAGCAGGGUGCAGGGUAACUGUAUCUGGCUCAUUCAACAAGAUGGCAUGGACAAUGUGGGCCAAUUGACUUCCUUCUACACUCUACAGUCUGUCCUGAUUUCCUUUAUCCCUCCAUCAACAUCAGAAGCAGAUGAUCUGGUCAUUAACUCAGUGCUGCUUGUGAGAGCUUGCUGCGAAUGCAUUGACUGCAUCACAACCAUGACUACACUGGCAAGCUGAAUUUCAUCGCUGUGAACCUCUUAUGGUCAUCCUGAGAUUGUGACAGGUGCCAGAGAAAUGCACUUUCUUCCUUUUCGACGAGGGAGCAGAGUUUAUAUUUGUAUGAGAGAGAUUUCUGAAUGGCAGAUUAUCACCGAAAGCUUGGGGAAUUCUAAAUUCCAGUGAUUUUCUAUCUAUGAAUAACAGUUAUUGGAAAAAUGAGCAUUUCCACAGUAAAAGACAAUUGGAAGCCUUGCA